AUGUCGCUGUCACUCUUAAACCAGGUCAAAACGGUACAUUAUGACUACUGCUACGAUCCAAGGGAACUAGAAGUUUUCGACGAUAAUGCAAACAAGUCAAACAUGGUUCAUGGCCUGCUGGAUGUACCCGUGGAAGAGUAUACAGACUGGCAGCGAGCACGGGUGGGCAACGAGGCUUUCAGGGACAAUAUCAUCAUGGCGCGCGAUGUGACACUUGAAAAUUGCCUCGAUCUUGCGCAGGUUCAUGAGGAUCUGGAAUCUAAUUUCUUGGUCAAGCAUGGCGCGAAAGUAGGUGCGGCCUUUGGGUGA